ACUUCAGUAAUCCUUACCUAGUAGGAAGCAACUAGUACAUCAUGUCCACCGAUCUUGACGCCCAAUCUAUCGCACGCCUCUCAUUGCACGACCCCAAGCACUUUGGUAUUCAGCACUCACAGACUCUUCAUCGCUUGGAGAUCCUGAAAAACUGGAACAUAUCUGCUGGCUCGAGAGUAUUGGAACUAGGAUGCGGGCAGGGCGACUGCACGACUGUACUUGCCCAUGCUGUCGGCGAAGAUGGUAAAGUGGUCGCGGUCGACCCGGCGAGUUUGGAUUAUGGAUCACCAUAUACGCUCGGACAAGCACAAAACCACAUCUCCAACGGACCACUGGGUGGUCGAAUAAUAUGGAUUCAACAAUCACCGCUGGAAUACCUUUCUGCCAACCACACCAAAUUCGAUGCGGCGAUUCUCGCGCAUAGUCUGUGGUACUUCCCUUCACCGGCGCUUAUCCUUGAUACCUUCCGCGCCCUCAAACAAUAUAGCAAGCGAUUGCUUCUUGCAGAGUGGUCGUUGGUUGCUUGCCACUCCUCCGCUCAACCUCAUGUCCUCGCCGCACUGGCACAAGCAGCGCUGGAGUGCCGCAAACCAGAAAGCACAUCAAAUGUUCGCACAGUACUCAGUCCGAAGCGACUGACCGAGUUAGCUGUCGCUGCUGGGUGGCAGCUGGAAAGUGAGAGUUACGUGCAAGCUGGAGAUGGUUUGUUGGAUGGACAGUGGGAAGUGGGUGCUUGCCUCGCUUCGUCUUUCGAAAAGCAAGUUGAGGAGUCUGUAGGUGAUGAUAGGGAAAAGGGUGUUGUGUUUGCGUUGAGAGAUGCGUGUGAAGCGAGUCUGCAUGGUGUGCAAGGGGGUCGGAAGGGGGUGAGGAGUAUGGAUGUUUGGGUCGCUACUUUUGUCUGAUUAUUGAGCUCAUUGAGCUUGUGCUGCUCGUCUUUUGAGAAAUUUCUCGACAAGCUCUUGCCGAUGGAAAGUGGACAGUCAGUGACGUCGUCUACCCGGAUGACUUUUUGUUCGACAUGUCGCAAUGCACAAAGGUUC